AUGCGAAAAGACUGGAGCUUUGUGAUUAUAUUUGGUCAUAGAUCAUGCGGCUUACCGGAAUGCAUAAAAGCGGUCCUCUCAGCUAAUGCGACAAAUAUCACCUCAUUAGAUUGGUGGUCUGCCAUAAACAUUUUUCGAAAAGAAUUCGACUAUUUCCACAUCCCGUAUUUCUCGAUCAUGUACCUGUCAUACUAUUUCGUAUUAUAUGUUUUGCCGUUGUACAUCUCGCAAAUAACGGUAUCAAAUGAAGGCGAUGAGGCAAUACAAGCAGUGACAAGAAAUGACGACGAAAUAAGGACUGUGGCUAAUGACGGAAAAGCAAUCAAAAAAUGGUGCGAAUGUAAGGUAUGCAAUAAACCGUUCAAAUGGUCCAGCGAUCUGGAAAGACAUGGACUGAAGCACAGGAACGAACGACCAUUCAAAUGUCACGUGUGCAAUAAAACAUUCAAAGAAUUCCGCGUUCUGAAGAUACACCAUUUGACGCACGGAAACGGACGAAAAUUCAAAUGUGCUAUGUGCGAUAAGGCUUUCAAACAGCGCCGCUAUCUGAAAAGACAUAUGAAGGCACAUAAGGACAUUGAAAAGACGCUGAAAUGCGACGUAUGCGGUAAAGCAUUCGAAUACAGUUCACAUGCACAUAUUGACGCAUGGAAACGUGCAGCUAUUGGAAUGUAA